ACUCUUCCUUCCGAGGAGCGGGAAGAGGAUGGCUCCUCACGUCCUGUUUGUUUUACUCAGCUUGGCCGACCUUGAAGCAUUUAUAAAAAAUAGCGAGAAUGGCUUGCUCAAGAAAGUCGAAAAAGGCGAUUUCAAAGGGUUGGUUGAGAUUAUGGGACACCUUGUGGCUGUUAAAGAACGGCAGAGCAGCACCGAUGAGAUGUUUGAGCCUCUGAAGCAAACUAUUGAACUGCUGAGGACCUAUGAACAGGAAUUGCCGGAGACAGUGUUCAAGCAGCUGGAGGAGCUGCCUGAGAAAUGGAACACCAUAAAAAAGAUGGCCAUUACCGUGAGGCAGCAGGUGGCCCCGCUGCAGGCGAAUGAAGUGGGCGUCCUCCGCCAGAAGUGCACAGCCUUGGAGCUGGAGCAGCAGCAGCUCUGGGAGCGGCUCCGCCGCGAGGCACCCUUCAGGUACGGCCCCCCCCCUCCCUGCAGGUACGGCCCCCCUGCAGCACGGCCCCCUCCAGUCACGGAUGAGCUCUCUGUUGAGCGCGUGUGUCCCUACAACAGGUGA